AGACAACACGAGAUCCCCUGAAAAGUGAAAACCAAACAAACCAAAGCUUCAAGAAAAUCAUGAACGUAGAUGAAGAAAUUGAGCAACUCAAAGAAGAAAUCAAACGACUUGGCCACAAACAAAACGAUGGAUCUUACAAGGUGACAUUUGGCGUGCUGUUCAACGAUGACAGAUGUGCAAACAUCUUCGAGGCGCUUGUAGGGACACUAAGAGCAGCCAAAAAACGUAAAAUUAUGACAUAUGAUGGAGAGUUACUACUACAAGGUGUUCAUGACAAUGUUGAGAUAAUACUAAAAGAAGCAGCAUGAUUCAUCCAUAUAAUCACAAAGUCUACAUUUUUCAUGUUUUACUUUUCUUGAAUGUUAGACCAAAACCCUCCAAUGUCUAUAAUACAAGAUGCUAUAACUUACGGGA